CUGGCUCCGGCCGCGUCGGGUCGCGUCUCCUCCGCUCCUCGCUGGCGGCGGCGGCGGUGGCGGCGGCGGCCGCAGCGCUGCAAGUUUUGACAUUUUUGUCGCGGACCCGCGCGCCAGCGCUUCGCGGCCGACGGCUGUGGAGGCGGCCGACCCUCGAGGGCCCCUCGGACGCGCCCCGCCGCCCAGGGUCGGGCGGCCACGAGGCCCGGCCGCGUCCCUCCGCGCUCGCCCGCCCGGCGGCUGCAGCCAUGUCGCGGGGGCCGGAGGAGGUGAACCGGCUCACGGAGAGCACCUACCGGAAUGUUAUGGAACAGUUCAAUCCUGGGCUACGAAAUUUAAUAAACCUAGGGAAAAACUAUGAAAAAGCUGUUAACGCUAUGAUCCUGGCGGGAAAAGCCUACUACGACGGAGUGGCCAAGAUCGGAGAGAGCGCCGCCGGGUCCCCCGUGUCGACGGAGCUGGGCCAGGUUCUCAUAGAGAUUGCGAGCAUCCACAAGAAACUCAACGAGAGCCUUGAUGAAAAUUUCAAAAAGUUCCACAAAGAGAUCAUACAUGAGCUGGAGAAGAAGACAGACCUCGACGUGAAAUACAUGAACGCGACUCUGAAAAGAUACCAAGCUGAACACCGGAAUAAACUGGAUUCUUUGGAGAAAUCUCAGGCGGAGUUGAAGAAGAUCAGAAGGAAAAGUCAAGGAGGACGAAAUGCACUGAAAUACGAACACAAGGAGAUGGAGUAUGUAGAAACCAUUACCUCUCGCCAGAAUGAAAUCCAGAAAUUUAUUGCAGACGGCUGCAGAGAAGCCCUGCUGGAAGAGAAGAGGCGCUUCUGCUUUCUGGUGGACAAACACUGCAGCUUUGCGAGUCACAUACAGAAUUACCACGUGCAGUCUGCAGAGCUGAUCAACUCCAAACUGCCAAGGUGGCAGGAGACCUGUGGCGACGCCACGAAGGUGCCAGAGAAAGUCAUGCACAUGAUCGAAGAAAUCAGGACCCCGGCGUCCACCCCCAUGUCCGGAACGCCACUGCCGUCCCCCAUGGUCGAGAGAAGCAGCGUGGUCGGGCGAGAACAUGACACCCUUUCUAAAUAUUCACCGAACAUCCCCUCGGCUCCUUCAGCCAGAGCGACGACCAGCCCUUUGGUCGAUAUGUUUAAUAACCCAGCCACAGUGGCCCAGAAUUCCGAGAAAAUACAGAAUUCCACAGAUUCUUCAGACGAUGCCAGUUUGCAGCGAUCGGUUUCUGUUGCCACCGGACUGAACAUGGUGAAAAAGCAGAAGGUGAAAACCAUCUUCCCGCACACGGCCGGCGCCAACCAGACCUUGCUGAGCUUCGCGCAGGGAGACAUCAUCACGCUGCUCGUCUCGGAGGAGAAGGACGGCUGGCUCUACGGCGAGCACGACGGCACCAGGGUGAGGGGUUGGUUCCCGUCGUCGUACACAAAGCUGCUGGAAGACGAUUCGGAGACCACGAGCGUGCCCGCGCCCAGCUCAGCACCGGUACGGAGCGUGAGCACGUUGAACUUAUCGGAGAAAAGCAGCGUCGUCAUCCCCCCACCCGACUACGUGGAGUGUCUGUCGACGCGCGCGGCUGCAGAUAAGAAAGCGGAUGCUUCCCCAAACACGGCUGCCUUUAAGGCACCGGUGUCCAAACCCGGACCCACACCUCCUAGUGACACAAAUGGGAUUGCAAAGCCACCUUUUCUCAGUGGAGAAAACCCCUUUGCUACUGUGAAACUCCGGCCAACAGUGACGAAUGACCGGUCAGCACCCAUCAUUUGAUGAAAAGCCGGCCGUGGGAUCCUGGGCACCUGUUCAGUUCUCACCUGCAAAACGAUAAGUGUAUACGUUUGAUAAGUGCUGUACUGGUGCAAAGCUUCACCAGAGGGUGCCUGAACCUCAGUGUACUCCCCUCGAGCAAAUCAGCGCAUUUUCUAAUUGAACGUAGUCAGCUUUACACAUUCUUCUUCCAAUCGGCUGGGUUUACGUAUUUUUUUGUAAUCGGUGAUAAUGAUCAACUCAACCACUUAAAACGUCUUCUUCCCAUUCUGCUCAAAAACAGUAAAUUUGGUUCCAAUCCUUAUUGUAUCAUUUUCUGGUAAUUUUUUUCCUUUUUUUUGGCCACCCCGAGUCACCUGCAAGUCCCGGGCCAGGGAUCAAAUCUGUGUCCCCGUGCUGCAGAGACACCGCUGAUCCCGUCGCGCCACAGCAGCAACUUUUUUUAAAAGUCAGAAUAAGGGAUGGUUGAUGCUUUCA